AUGUUUGUCCGCGAACACAAUCGUCUUGUCAAAGAACUUGCUGAUGUCAUGCCAUCGACCAUUCCUGAUAAAGUCUUGUUUGAAGAGGCCAGAAAGAUCGUGUCAGCCAUCAUCCAACAAGUCACCUACCGCGAAUGGCUGCCCAUUAUUGUUGGGCCCUUGGCCAUGAGGAAGUACAGACUGACCCCUGGCUUCAGCUUCAGGUACAACUUCACCCAAAACCCCACCAUCUACAACGUUUUCGCCACCGCCGCCUUCAGAUACGGCCACUCCACCAUUCCACGUUUCCUGACCCUCGGAGAUCGACGUGUACCCAUAGAACAGCUCUUCUUCAGGCCUUCUGAGGUCAUCAAAGAUCUGGACACCGUGCUGAAGGCUAUCCUCAAGGACAGACAUCAGGAGGUUAACCGAUUCAUCAACAGUGGGAUGACUGAGCAUUUGUUUGAGACGUCGGGCAAUAAUGGCUUUGACAUCGUGUCCUUGAACAUUCAGAGAGGUCGUGACCACGGCCUGCCAUCAUACAACAGCUUUCGCAAGGCAUGUCAGCUAUCGGAAGUGACUUCAUUUGAUGACAGUAUAUUUGGUAAAGCAGGAGCUGCUUUGAAAAGUGUAUACAGAUCCCCUGAUGACAUCGACGUCUUCACCGGUGCAGUAGCUGAACAGCACGUGCAUGGCGGUGCAGUGGGCCCUCUCCUCGCUUGUCUGAUUGGUCAACAGUUCCAUGACCUGAAAUAUGGCGACUCAUUCUGGUUCGAAACAUCCCAUCCAAGAAAGGGCUUUACAUUAGGACAACUGUCUGAGAUCCGACGAAUGCGCUUUGCCAAAAUUCUUUGUAGGAAUUCAGGAGUGAAGUCUAUCCAAAGAGAUCCUUUUACAGUGUACUCAAAAGAAAGCAAUCCUUUGAUACCCUGCAACGAUCUUCCAACAAUCGAUUUAACCAAAUGGCGGAGAUGAGAGGUUGCUUGGCCUACCCUUAAGUUCAACAAAUAAACCCCGAAGACUUGAAACAUAACAUUUUGGUGUUCCACCGUGUAUAGCCCACACUACUAGUCCUGGUUUGUAAGAUGCCUAAAUCACAGAAUACAUUACAUUUUUGACAUUUGUGUUCAACUGUCUUCAUACUACAUAUGUAA